AGUUUAAACUAAAAUGAGGCAUAAGCUAGGCAAAUCACCGACAUCAUCUUCUUCGCUGCCUCUGCAACCCAAAAAAAAUUCAAGUCGUGGUGCUGCCAGAUCCGAUCAGCUGCGUCUGGAAAAAGUUUAGAGAGCAGCGCAAGGCAAGCCCACAGGGGACUUUCAUCGAGCACCUUGCACACAAGGGGUCGCUCAGAUAACGGCUAAGGGGUCGCUGGUGGAGUCAACGGCUAGAUUUCCGGCAUUCCAAGGGAUCGUGUGACCCCUCUUGUCCCAACGUGCGUCCGCCACUGCGUACAGAUGUCUUCGAUUUCAAAGAAACAACAUUUGUCUCGUCCCGCAGCUCCGACUCAACUUCCGACAGUCUCUACAGGCCGUCUUUCACCCACUCAGACUCAGUCUGUAUCUCCGACAGUCUCUACAGGCCGUCUUUCCCUCACUCAGACUCAGUCCGCAUCUCCGACUCAACCUCCGACAGUCUCUACAGGCCGUCUUUCACCCACUCAGGCUCAGUCCUCCAGCGGGACUCUUUCUCCACCACCCCAUCCUCCAAUGAGAGCGAGUUCUCGUCACAGGCACCCUAAUCGAACUAGGCAUGCCACCUCCUCAUCAGCUGAUGACAUGAUUGACUCAAGUAGUGCUGAAAAUGGCUCUGGUCGUCUUCCGACCAUUCGAGACACAGAGCAGCGUCCCCGUAGAAAGGGGGUUAGGGGGGCAUGUAAAGCUGUGAAGACCACUCGCAUCGUGCGCACAUCUAAUCACAGGAUCAAGGUUAUUUUUCAUCCGAAAUAUGAUGAACCUGUGGAUUUGAAGAUUUCUAGCUUGCUGUCACAUGACAUUGGGGCCAUUAUCCGGAGCAACUGUCCAAUGAAUCAUGGAUAUUGGGAGGACGUUCCUGAAGAUCAGAAGAAGGACCUUGCUGAUCAGAUCAGUGUCAACUUUGAUAUAGACUUGGACAUGGUUGGUCUUCGUGGUUAUAUUGAUUUGGUCAUGGCUAGGCGGUUUAGGGACUUCAAGCACGAGUUGCAUAAGCACUUUCAGCUUUUCUCAUCUCCUGAGGAGGCUUUGGCCAACCCACCGUUGGAGAUAAUUGAGAGAGAUGCAGUACAUGAAUGGGAAUAUUUGUGUGAUCACUUUCAGUCCCAGGAUUUUUUGAGAGCGUCAAAUGCGAAUAAAGCAAAUCGGUCAAAAAAGAAAAUGGAGCAUCGUGCUGGUUCAUUAUCAUUCUCACACCUUGUGAUGCAGUGCGCAGAGGAGGGUUCUCAAUUUGCAGAGAUAGACGCUUUUGAGAAGGCCUAUGCUGGGAAAAACAAGCAAUGGACCAAUGAGACGGCCAAAGCUAAACAUGAUGAGAUGGUGGCGAAGAAGAAUGAGUAUCUUGAGUUAGCAAAGGAGUAUCCUGAGGGCACCUCACCAGAUGAGAUGUCAAUUGCUGAUCAAGAUGCUGGACAUAAUAUUGUGAUAGAUGUACUUGGCAAGAAGCCAGGUAGGCAGAAACGCAGGUUGGGAUUUGGCCUAGCUCGUGGGUCUUCUUCGUCCUUGGCAUCAUCAACUAGAUUGCAACAAUUGGAGGAUCAGUUGGUAGCAGAGAGGACAGCUAGGGAGGCAACGCAAAAUUAUCUACAGAAAAUUGUGCAACAGAUAUCAAGCGUAGUUCCCGGGUUUAUACCACCCCCAGCUGAUUUUCUAGUAACACCAGAGACACAGCAUGUUGAUGAUGAGGAUCGCGACCAUUCUUCAUUAGGAUAGUAGUAUUUUGAUAUGUUUCACCUGUUAUAUAACUUCAUUAGGAUAAUAGUAUUUUGAUAUGUUUCACCUAGCAUAUUUGCUACUCAUAUAUCAUGUUGACAGCUUUGGACACUUGGUAUCUUGGUAGACAUAUUUUGUUUUGUUUAGUAAUAUGUUAGGUACUCUAUGUAUUCUCCAUCAGAUUAAUAGAAUGCUUUUGUCAAUGGAAAAA